UAAGUGAUUGCAGGCUUUUAAAGUAAAAAUUCGUAGCGCCCACUUUAGACGUGUCAACGGUUAAACCACAAAAAAAAUCGCACCAAUUUUGGUUUACGCGAUCUAAAUCAAAAUCAAACGGGAUUUACGCAUCUACUUGAAAAGAAAAAAAAAAUAUUAAUCAAAUGUUUAGUGUUUCUAACACUAACUGAAGAGCAAUUGGAAAUUGUAUAUAGUACGAAGUGAUUAACAGUAAUUUAGAUUCAAGUGUCUUAAUUUUGAAAAAAUAUAAAAGAAAUCAAAGAAAAAAAAAAUCAUUCAAUUUUUUUAUGGAAUUUAUUGGAGUUAUUGAAAAUUUUUAUGACCACCACUCAGCAGAGUCUUCAGCAACAUUGCAAAAGUGUUUUACGAAAAAAAAAAAUAAUAAUAAUAACAUACAUACUUCAAUUCAUUUAAUAAAAUAAUAAACAAAUAAUUAAGUUUCGAAAAAAAAAUCGAAAUCAUUAAUGUGUUUAUAAUUUAAAAAUAAAGGAUUAAAAAUCAAUUUUCUUUCGAUUGCAAAGAAAAGUAAAGAUCAAAAAGCUAUUAAAUAUUAAAUUUUUUUAUAAAGAAAAAAAAAAGUAAAUAAUUUGGAAAUUAUUAUUUAAUAAAAAUAAUUUCUUUUAAAUUUAUUUCAAUUUAAAAAAAAAAAUUAAAAGCAAAAGUGUGUUAUUAGUUAAUAGUAAGAAAAUAGAAAAUAUGACCAAUUAUAAUCCAAAUUGUGGUUAUUAUGAGGAUUAUGGUUCCGGCUAUUAUGCCACCACAAACCCCUCAGCCAUGACUGCCUCAACCAAUAAUAUUUAUCAACAGGAUUAUUAUAUGCAACAGGAUUAUGAAUAUAAACAUGGUUAUGACCUCUUUGAUGCCAAAGUACCCUCCUCGCAAAGAUCUUCCGGUUUUCAUAUAUCGGAUAUUUUAAAUUUAGAAAACUCUGAACUUAAACACAACACCGGCGGCCAUCAUCCGCAAGAUAUUAAUCAACAGCAACAAACCUCCGAUGCCAAUCAUUUAACCCCCUUAAAUGGCGAUUCCACUCACCUAACUACAGCCGCCAAUCCUGCUGCCGUUUUGGAUCCUAACAGUGCUUCUAAUGUGGCUUCAGCGGCGGCGGUUAGUGCUUCAGCUCAGGCUCAGGCAGCCGCUCAAUUUAUUGCCAAUCAUAAUGCUGCCGCUGCUGUGGCGGCUGCUGGUCAAUAUUUACCUAAAAAUUUCCCCAAUGGUUUCAACGAUGACAUGUCUUCGUAUCAUAUAGCCCAUACAAUGCUAACGCAUUCGGGUCGUUCGCCUUGGAUUAAGGAAAAUGAUUUAUACGGUGUCCAACAACCUGCCAGUCCCGACAGUACCUCACCCGUUAACUCAGAAGUUUCCUACACCUAUAUCGGUUCAAAUUGCCAAACAUCGCCUGCUCUAUCGGGGGAUUACAAAACCUAUAGUCGUUCAGCCGAUAGUGAUGCUCUCUCGGUGGGCGGUGGAGACAACAAUAAUCUACAUCAUCUGCAUAAUCAACAAAACAAUGGUCAUUUAAUGAAACCCAAUACCGAUAGCAAUAACAGUGCUGGUGGUAAUUCCUCUAAUCCCCAUGAUGAUAGUUUAAUAGAGGAUGGUAUAGAAGAAGAAAUCGAUGAUGAAAAUGAUCAAGAUGGUAGUAAUACCGGCUCGGGGGCUGAUGGUAUGCCUAAUAAGAAAAGAAAACGACGUGUUUUAUUUACCAAGGCCCAAACUUAUGAAUUGGAGAGACGUUUUAGACAACAACGUUAUUUAUCGGCUCCCGAAAGAGAACAUUUAGCCAGUUUAAUAAGACUAACACCAACCCAAGUGAAAAUCUGGUUCCAGAAUCAUCGUUACAAGACAAAACGGGCCCAAAAUGAAAAAGGGGUCUACGAACAACAUCCCGCCUUACAUGGUCAUCAUCAUCAUCCCUCUGCCUUGCCCUCACCACGACGAGUAGCUGUGCCUGUGUUAGUGCGUAAUGGUAAACCCUGUCUCAGUGAUGGCACCAAAUUGCCGCAAGAUUGUGUCUCCGCUUCUAUGCAAAAUGCUGCCGCCCAUCAUUUAGUGUUGGCCAAUGGGGCAGCUUAUCAACAUGCCGCAGCGGCGGCUGCUGCGGGUAUGCAUGCUGCCCAUGCCCAUCAACGUGCCUGGUGGCAUUAGAAAUUAAAGGAAUUUUCACAAAUCUAGACAAAUUUAGGUUUAUUUUUUAGUUAGAGAAAAAUAAAAGCUGCUGGGUGGCCUUAAAAGUUAACAAUAACAGGUGUUUAGAACAAAAUCAGGGCCCCUAAUUAAUACUAAAAAGAAAAAUUCCUUUUUAAAAAAAAUUCUUAAAAAAUUUUAAGAGAAAAAACUAAAAAUGAAUUUCAAAAAUUCACAAGUUUUGCUACCAAAAAUUUUUAAUCCUUAAAGCAAUAAUUUAAAAACAGCAUUUUAGAAGCGACUCGAAUAAUCAACAAUUUGGACAAUAACAAACAAACAAAAAAACCUUGGGAGUAACAUAAUUAAAAACAAAAAUAAAUUUGUUGCAAUUUUAUUUUUGUAAAAAAGUUUUCUAUUUUUAAAUUUCAUUUUAUCAACAA